UGGUUCUAUCUUGAAAACCAAAAUGUGACCAAAACAUCUCCCUGCCUUGGAAUGCAGUGGGUGAGGUGUUACUACGCAUUCCAACCCCCCAACUAUGACAAGCACAAACUAUAUGAUAAACGAUGCUGACUCCCGGCAGGAUAUCCGGGAACCAAAGGUUACUUUUUCCAUGGAUAAAAUAAAGAAUGUUGAUUCAGAGUGUUGCAUGGUGGGUUCUCAUAGUAGACCUGCUGCGUUGACAGAAUGCUUGAGCCUAAAAGGCACUGGAAUCGGAGAUGGAAACAUGAAUUACCCUUGUGACCUGUGUGGUAGAAGCUUCAAAACCAAAAUCGGGGCUGGGCAGCAUAAAAAGCAUACUCACCCUGUUGAAUACAAUAGUGAGAAGCUAGCGAAACUGAAACGGGUUGCAGGGAAGUCGUGGAGUACAGUCGAAGAUGAUUCACUCCUUGAGCUCGCAAACAAAAUAUGGUUACGUCAUGGGAACAUGAUGAAAGCCAAACUGUACGAUAAAGUAUACAGUGAAUUCGGGCAUAGAUCCCGAGAAUCCAUAAAAAGGAGACUUAUCCACCUUGAAUGGAAAGCUCCAGAGACGAAAAAUCCUAUUUUUGGGAAGGAAGUAAAUAUUCCACGAGUUGAAGUAAACUCAGAUGAGUGCGAAAUGAGGUCCGUAAAACGAUCCGAACUACUCGCAAAUAUCAUUGCAGUUUGUAAAAAAGACAGUCCGUUGUACAAACUAGCGGUGAAGCUGAGUAAGGGUGAUCUGAGCAAUGAACAAGGGCUUGAACGCCUAAAUAAAUACGCAGAGAAGUCAUUUCCGUACAAGGUUGAUCGGAAGAGGCGGAAAAUAAAACAGAAAUCCCCUCCGACAACUGAGAAUGAGAAAUUAAAACGGAACCGCGAUGUACUGCAAAGUGGAAUGCGAAAGCAUAAACGAGAAACGGUGAAGACCGUACUGAACGGACAAUGGAGGACCGCCUAUAAAAUAUCAAAGCAGAUAACUGGCGAAUGUCAGGAGUACUGGGCAAGCACUUUCGAGAAGGAAAGUAUCGAAGAUACUAGGCAGAUCGUUAAAGUCUUGGAAACGAACUGGAACCUGUUGUCUCCCAUAACGGCGGAAGAAGUUCGCCAUGCAUUAAAAGAGAUAGGGAAUACGGCAGCAGGUCCGGAUGGCAUUAAUGCUAGAGUUUUCAGACAGAGACGGAUGUCAAAUAUACUGGCUUUAUUGAACUUGAUGCUGGCACUAGAAGGGGUACCAAAACACCUCUCUCUAGCCCGGAUCACAUUAAUACCGAAAUGUGCUGACCCGAGUACUCCAGCUGACUUCAGACCUCUGGCAAUCUCAUCGGUGGUCCUCCGAUGCCUGCAUGGUAUACUGGCAAGACGAUGGUUGUUGAUGGUACCUGAGCUUAACUCGCAGGUAGCCUUCCUGAAAAGAGACGGGUGCUUUGAAGCCAGUAUGGUUUUAAACACUGCUCUCAAACAUGCCUGGGAAAGUAAGAAGGACUUGUCCCUUUGUUCGGUAGACAUAUCCAAAGCUUUUGAUUCACUAUCCCAUAAAACAAUAUGGCGAAUUGCCGAAACUUACGGAGCUCCGUGCAUGCUCGUAAAGUAUAUAAAAGCCUCAUAUGAAAAAUCCCGGGUCAAGAUUCUUGAUACCAUUAGUUCAGUUAAAAUUGGCGUUCGACAGGGAGACCCGCUUUCUCCCUUGUUGUUCAUUAUGGCUAUGGACGAAGCAAUUCGCAGCUCGAAACCUGGAAUUGGCUUUGAAAUUGAAGGGAAAAUACUGGGAUCCCUUGUGUACGCUGAUGACCUGAUUGUGUUUGCCGGUGCAGCAUACGCAAUGCAAGAUAAGCUAAAUGUCUUAUCAAAAAACCUUGCCAUGGCAGGUCUAGUGGUAAAUACCGCUAAAUCUAACUCUCUGACUCUAGCUGUACACGCAAAGAAUAAAACGGUAUGCAUAACUGAUACCAACUAUGUGAUUGAUGGUAAAAGAAUAAAGAGCCUGGGUGCAGAUGGGCAGAUCAAGUAUUUGGGGAUUAACUUUGACUGCCGAGGCAUAUCGAAUCAGAAAGCUUUGGAGGAUGUCAUGAGAUGGUUACAGGAAGUGAAUGAAGCGCCUCUAAAUUUACUUCAACAAAUGGAUAUAUUGCGAAACCACAUAAUUCCCAAACUACACUAUAAUCUAGAGCUAGGUCUUGUGAAGACCAAAGAGCUGAAGAGCAUUGACGUGACAAUUAGAUCAGCGGUAAAGAGGUGGUUGGGGCUACCACAUGAUACUGUAUCAAGCUACAUGCAUGCCAGCUACUCAGAUGGUGGGUUGGCCUUGGAUGCAUUAACGUAUACUGUCCCUAUCCGAAGACGUAAUAGAAUCAUAAAGAUGAUGCAAAGCACAUGCCCUAUGAUUGAAACUAUAAAGCUGAGUGAUAGCUUUAAACGUCUGGUUAAUGAGCAAACCAGGGAUUGUGUAAUGGCCUCGAAAGAGAGUUAUGAUAACUCAUGGAGUUGCGAACUCUAUAAUACCCUAGAUGGAAAAGGUCUAGUGGAAGCUAACAAGUCUAAAGUCUCACAUAAUUGGGUUAAAAACCCCGAGCAUAUGUUACCUUGGCUAUACGGGAAAGCCGUUCAGCUUAGAGGAAACACACUAUCCACCAAAGUGAGGAGAUCACGAGGGGGUAGGCAGAAAGGAGACUUCCUGUGCAAAGCUCGAUGUCGAAAACCUGAGUCAAUUACUCACAUUCUGCAAAACUGCCGGGCG